AUGAGUUCACUUCCAAUAAGCGAGGCCAGAGGCUCGCAAUUUAUAAGGCGGAUGUCUAUAAAGCACGUAAACCAGGUGGAAUUUGACGAAGAAUCAAAACAGAACACACAGUUCCGAGGGCAGGGAGUAAGCCUAGUGGAAUUAAUGGGAUGGAUAACAUUUGAAAAUGACUCUGUGCACGGGGGAAAGAAGUUUACUCUUUCUGAUGGAACCGGAUCAAUUUCCUGUCUCCUGUGGGAUGAGAAAGACUCUUCGCACAUAAAAAAGGGGGCGUACAUCCGAAUAGUAGGAAGUUUAAGCAAGCACGAGCAAAAUAUAUCGAUAAACUGCACCAUUACCACACCAAUCACCGAUGGAAACAGUGUGAUGUACCAUCUCCUCAUGCGCAUAAUUGAUGCGCCCAGGGCUUCUCAAAAGGACUUAUUGGCCCCCUCCAUUAUUUCAGAAAAUGCACCUGCAGCAAGCCAGAGGGAAGAAGUGCAUCUGGGUAAUUUUAAAAAGAUACAUCUUGACAUUCUUUCAUUCUUCUCUAAUAACCAAGGAGAAACUGGCCUGCCCAUAAAUAUCGUAGUAAGCUCUCUCACAUCAUCUAAAGUAUACUCUAGCGCGGAGAUAGACAGCGGGCUGCAAUAUCUAAUAAGGGCUGGAAAGCUGUUCUACAGCACAGAAGACAAAAAAACGUUAGCACUGUUGGAUUAAAUAAACUUAUGUGGAA